GCCGGGGUGCCUUCUCAGGUGAUGUUGUUUGAUACGACUGGGGAGAGAGAGAUUCCAGUUGUAGUCAUAGUGAAGCACACGAAGGCGAUGAUUUGCUCAAACUCUGACGCAUCACUUGUGCAAUGCCCGGUUCGUAGGUAUUCACUGCUUGGGAACCGCAGGACUUGACCAUAUUCAUUCCUGGUCUAACACGCCAUUUUUUGGAAGAUUCGAGUUGGAAGGGAUAUGCUACUCCAUGAGUAAAUCUGAUAUGGCAGCUGUCAAUAAUAAAAUGGCACUUCUCGGCAAUGAUGACCUGUAAGAAAAUUGAGUUACUGCUGAUCAGAUGUCAGCAUUGCAUGUGUGCUGGUGGAAGACCAUUUUUGAAAACAAUAUUCAAGCCUUUUACUUCUUGUCACUAGACCUUCAUUGAAAUCUUUUUUUGAGUAAUCCAUCUUUGUCCUGUGCAUUCAGCAACAGACAUUCACCUUUUCAACUGAAGCUAUCUGAUGGUCAUAUAUAUAUAUACAGGUAUAUGUUAAAGUUGUGCAAAUGAGUACUAGACAUAAAGACAAUUGCUUUGCACCACCAAUGCAAUCCAGAAUGGAAUUAGGGAUUUGCUUUAUUUUUGUUCUCUUUAAUAUAAUCUAAAAGAAACCUAACAAGCAGAAGCACAAACAUUCGAAAUACCAUCCUGUUGUGAAGACAAACAGCUAAGCACAGCUGUCUUUCAUGAGCUGCUGGUGUAAGGAGUUUUGGCUAUGGCUCGGCCUCCAGACUCCAUCCGCCGGGACAUGACUAAUGGCCUCAACCCCAGCAGCCAGUCUGGAGGUACAAGCACAGCAACACGAUACCUGCUGAGGAAACAGUACCGGCAGCAGAAUGGGACACCAAGGGGAAUCCGAUCUUCUUCUCCGAUGGGCAGGGUCAUUCUUAUUAACUCACCUGUGGAAGGAGGUGACGAGAGUGAUGCAAUUCAGACUGUCACAGUGGACAAGAGUGCUGAUGGAAGACUGGGCUUCAGCAUCCGAGGCGGGUCAGAGCACGGCCUGGGCAUUUUUGUCAGCAAAGUGGAAGAUAACAGCAGUGCAGAGCAGUCGGGCUUAUCUGUCGGGGAUAAAAUCAUGGAGGUGAACGGGAUCAGCAUGGAGAGCAUCACAAUGAGCAGUGCAGUCAAAGUCUUGACAGGAAAUAACCGACUGCGUAUGGUGGUGAGACGUGUGGGGAAAGUGCCAGGAAUCAGAUUUUCAAAAGAAAAGACAACAUGGGUAGAUCUGGUUCAGAAGCGGCUAAUUGUGGAGGAAAAAGGACGCUUGGCAUAUGACAACAGUUCUGAAAGUGGGGAGAAGAGAAUAGUUCACCUUUAUACAACAUCAGAUGAUUACUGCUUAGGAUUUAAUAUCCGAGGAGGGAAAGAGUUUGGAUUGGGUAUUUAUAUCUCUAAAGUGGACCCUGGAGGCCUGGCGGAUCAGAAUGGAAUAAAAGUUGGAGACCAGGUGUUGGCAGCCAAUGGCGUCAGCUUUGAGGAUAUCAGCCACAGUCAGGCAGUAGAAGUGCUCAAGAGUCACACACAUGUUAUGUUGACAGUGAAGGAGGCAGGAAGGUACCCAGCGUAUAAGGAGAUGGUGGCUGAAUAUAGCUGGCUUAGCAAACUUGGCAAUGGCUUCUUGAGCCAUUCUUCUCAAACGUCAGAUUCCAGCUCUUCUAUCUCUUCAUACUCAUCAAGUACCCCCCUGAGUUCCAUUAGUGGACUCUCUCAGAUGCUGAUACCCAAUAACUUCUACCCAUUUACAUCGGAAAUGGUGGAUGUGUGCAUCUCUACUGAGGAUUCCCGCCGUGCCAGCACCACAGAAAAGAUGGAGACUGCCAUUCAGACUGACCUGCAGCUCCCUCCUGCCAGUGAUGUCAAUGAUGACAUUCUGCAGAGAUCAGUCAGAUUGUCUGCCACAGAGACAAGUCGCACCCUUGGUGCUACAGUGUUGCUGAAAGACACAGUCAUUCGAACAGAAAGCUUCAAAGAGACCACUCGCAGCCGCCAUAGAACUUUUUCCAUUGGAGACUCAUCUGAUGAACAUCUGGAUUCUCCCAAAACAGCUUUACUCCUGGCACUCAGCAAACCGAGAAAACCAAUUCGGCGGUCACAGAGCCAUAUCACUCUGCUAGAGGAUAAGAAGAAAAAGAAACAAAAAGACCGGAGUCCUGGUGUAGGAACCAAUCUUCAACGCUCCAAGACAUUUGUCAGUCUUUUCUUCAAGAGUGGCCGCAUUGGGAGGCAGAAAAGGCAGAGCUCCAAAGACGGUAAAGAAAGUGGCUCUGGAGAAGGAAGAAGUCGUUCGAAAUCCCCCCCUUUUCGUGGGCAAGUAGACAAAGAAAAGGAAAGAGGCCGCUUGUUCUCCCUGUUUGGCACACAAAAAGAGGUCAGCUCCAGCUACCAUGAUGGCAUUCCAUUUUCCAUACCAGAGCAGGGACUUUCUCUGGUGGAAGAUAUGGCCAGGAAGCUGCUGAAUGAAGAUGAGGUUUCAGCUGUUCUGAGACACUGUCAGCAUUAUAUUUCAGAAAGAGAGGUAGAAGAUUUAGUUCGGCCUCUUCUUGUAAUACUUGACAGACCAGAAAAACUGCUGCUGCUGAGAGAAAUAAGAACCAUUUUGUCACCUACUGACUUGGGAAGAUUUGACAGCAUGGUUAUACCCUUUGAGCUUGAAGCAUAUGACAUUUUAAAGAACAGAACAGUGAGAUCCCCUGCUCUUCGAUCCUCCCAAAGUAGAACAGCACCUAAAAGACACCUCAUCACUCCAGUCCCAGACUAUCGAGGGGGAUUUCACCUGAAGGCUGCUCAAGACUACGAAAAGGACCGAGAGCUGAUGGAAGAAAUUGAAAAGCUCAAGCUGUCUGGAUCUGAGCAAGACAGACGACUUUAUUCCAGGGCUUUCACACCCCUUGAAGAUGUGCCAGUAGAUGCCUAUUCUACAGAUACCAGGUCUUACAAGUCUGUUGGGUCCAAACCGCAACAGUCUAAUUGGUUACUGACUGACAUGGUUCAGACCACAGCACUGAAUGCCACACAGAAAAAAACGUUUACAGCGGUCUUUGACCUCCCGAAACGGGAAGAUGCUCUUUAUUUACUUACAGAUAAGAAUCCUUUUCCCAGUGAAAAUGGAAUGUCUACGAGCAAAUCUGUACAGAUGAAGUCUAAAAAGGAAAAGGGUGAGAAAAGCAAAGACACUUUGUACACAGUGGUGAACAAUCCCAAGAAGUCCAGGCCUUCACUGUCUCAGAUUUUUGGGGAUACCACAUCUGGUGCUGCCAAUUUGGACUCAAGUCACAAGGUUCAUUCUGAACCAGUCAAAGAUAAAGCUGCAGAAAAAGAACUGGUGAACGGACAUUCAGCGGCUGCGUCAAGUGGUGUUAACGGUACAUUAGAGCAGGGAGCCUCUCCUCCACUACAAGAAUAUCAAGUUUCCACUGUGGCCAUCUCUAAAAGUAAACAGUCCUUGGGGAUCAGCAUAUCUGGAGGAAUUGAGUCCAAAGUUCAGCCUGUGGUAAAAAUUGAGAAGAUCUUCCCUGGAGGGGCAGCCUCAACUUCCACAUUCUUAAAGGCCGGCUAUGAGUUGGUGUCGGUGGACGGAGUGAGUUUACAGAAUGUGACACACCAGCAGGCCGUGGACAUCAUUCGAAAGGCAUUUAGCAACAAGGUGCAAGACCCCAUGUUAUUUGUGUUGAAAAUACCAAAGAGUUCUGACGACUGAGGCAAACUGGUGAACAUUCCAGAUCUGCAGUCGCUGCCAAGCUGCUCCACAGUGAAAAAGUCAGUGACACCAGGUCUAGUCACAGUCUGAUGAGAUCCAUGGAGACCCAAGGACACGUAUGGCUCCACAAAUUAUUAUUUGGCCUGAGUAUGUAAAAGCGAUAUUAGUUCUGAUGGGUUGCCAUCCUGUGCAGAGCUGGUUCAAGUUUAGUACCCGUUGAUACCUGGGUGAGGGUGGGCUUGUCCAGAAACUUGUACUGGAAAAAGGUGGGUAGGUGGAAGUAAUACAAGUUUGUGAUUUUUAUAGUAUUUGGUUACUGUAGAUAUACAAAAGACAAAGUCCAACUUCUUAGUAUGCUAAUGAAGAGUUUUUAUCAUCUUCACUAAUCUAUACUGCAAGAAAUUGUCUAGCUUGCCAAGAGCUGACUGUGGGCAAAUCAGACUUGAUCAGAAGAACUGGAAAGUCUGGACGAGAGGAGGUCAGUCAGCCCAGCUUCUGUUACCUGUCUAGAUCCACCUAACUCUUUUCAAUAAGCAGCAUUUUAAGAUUAGAAGGUCUCAUGGCACAGGAGUGUCAAUAGAAGGGGGCCGCUCUUUGGCUAGGUCCAUUCAAGUGCCAGUGUAGGUUGGCAGGGGCUGCAUUCCCAGGAAUCUGCACAUGUUGCCCCAAAAGUGAAAAAGAGACCUGGCAGACCACUAGGUGACAGCAAGCAGAUCCUGUUGGAGACUGGCGAGGCCAUACUGCCUGACGUAACGAGGCGGGCUGAGAGAAUGGGACUCUAGGCACUGCUGUGAGCUAGCAGGCCGUGACCUCUCACGCUAUUUUGGGAGAUUACAUUUGACAAGGGUUUAAUGGUGGAUAACCAUUUGGGCUUGGCAUUAGCAAAACCAUGGGGUAAUUGGGUAAGCCAUCCCACCAAAUAGCUUAUCAGUGAGCUGGCUAGGGUCUGUUUGUGUCCGAUUGUUCUCUCUUUGUUCAUCUUUCCCAGUUUGCAGAAUAAACCUUUAUU